GUCAGAAUGAAUAGAAUCAAGUAUCAGAAGCAGAAGGGAAAGAGAUGAUGAGGAUAGACAUCAAUCAGAUCGAGUGAUAAAGAUUGAAAGCAAAGACAGGAAGCAGAGAAUUAAGAAAAGGCUACCAGGACUUUGUAUGUAAACAAUUUAACUUAGUUUGUGUUUGUGAUUCAUUCCGACUUAGACCGAAACCGUGUGUGAAGGAUAUUAAAUUAGGCCUAUGCCCAGGCCGAGGAUGUUAUGUUACUGCUCUUGUGUGUUUGAUUGAAAAGAGUAGGUUUAAUUGGUCGAAAAUGAUGUAGGCCUAGGUUUUUGUGUUGAUGCCAUGUUGUAGGCCUAACAUUAAAAGUACACCCAUUUUCCAAGGAUAUUGGCAGGUCUGCAGUUUGAAUAUGACUGAUUAUGAAAUAAGGGAAGUGUUUGAGCUGCCUCAAAAGCUAGAGCUCAUAAGUGAAGAAAAGAAACCUUCACUAUGUAGUUUUAGCAGUUACACCAACUCAAUCUGUAGCGAUUCUACAAUUGAUUUAGAUGAAAUUGACCAUACGCCCACCAUCCCAAAUUCGGAUGAAUUGGGAAUUAAAGUAAAUGAAACAAAACCACUCCAGAAUAAUUUUAUAAACGAUGAUCUGACUGAACAAUCUGUUCAUACAAAGACCAGUGAAAUGGAGAUGGUAGAACCAUCUAUUAAGCCUGUUAAACAACCACAUCUGACAUUUAGUAAAUCUGUGUCUUUACAUGAUGUUUCUAACCUUACAUCAUUAACUCAUAGCGCUAAAUCCAAUACUGUGUCUUGUGAAACAAUCAAUAGCCAAUCCUUAUCAUCCACCACUAAAUCCAAAGAUUCGGGAUUUCAAAGAUCUCUUAGCUGUCUUAGUCUUACCAGCGGGAGAAGAAGCUAUGACCAUGUACAAAGUAAAGUUAAAGCGUAUAUAAGAAACAUAAAAGAAUCGGAAGCUUUAAAUAAAAGAAAUAAACUUUUGAAAAAGCUUGAACAGCAAAACGAGCCGGUUGUAUUACCAAAAGAGACAGAAACUGUGCAUCCAAUUGAGAAAGACGAUUUAUUGAGGGAAAUUCAGGAAUUGAAACAUGAAUUGCAUGAGAAAUCCCUCUAUAUUGACGCCCAGCACAGAAACUACAACAAACUUUUGUUGAAGUUUGCAGAGGCUAGAAACAUAAUUGAUAACUUAAGAGUGCAAUCAAUAAGUUUAAGUUACAGUGAUGGAAAUAGAUCAAGAAAUCAAAUUAUGUCAGUUAGUAACUUAACCUUGGACUCGUUUGAUUACAAAAUUGACACAAAUGUUGAUCAGCUUGCUUCUUGCAUACCUGAAGAAGACGUAUCAAAAUCCACAAACGACGCUAAAGACAAUUUCAAACCAACUCUUCAUUCUUCACCUUAUGAAAAGAGCUUAAGCCCAGUAAGACAACUUUUUUCAAGUUCUUGUCAUCUGGGAAAGAAUUACCAACCACUAGGAAAUUUAAAACCGUGCGUUCCUAGAUUUGAUUCUCAAGCUCGAACCAAGCACCAAGGAGCGUUGUCAAAAAGCUAUGAUGGUUUGAAUAGAAAUGGCAAUCCACUUCUGAAUAACCACUCAAACUUACCACAGCGACAGUCCAUAAACAUUGAUCUCCCCAAUGAUGAUCCUUUUGACAAGGUAAAGAAAUGGCAAGCAUCACUUCCCAGUAUCAAUCUGUUGGGAAGCCACAGUUCAUCAGACUGCGAGGAUCCAAGCCAUUCCCACUCUCCGGCACAAAGGAAUUUUAAGAAAAAUGAAGGUUGUUGCAAAUCUAAGUGUUUUACAAACACAAAAAGGGACGAAAAUGAAGUCUGUAAUGUACUGUCUCAGGAGCUCCAAAACAAGUGCAUUAUUACAGAAAUGGAAGUAGAUAUUGAGCGACAAGGAACUCAAUCGACAAACAUCCAAAAUUCUAAAGGAACUAACAAAAAAGAAAAGAAUUUUAACGCCUCUGUGAAGCCAACCAAAAAAGUUAAGGAAAAAAAGUUGGUACACGACCGUAAAGUGAAGUUAGUUCCAACAAAUGGUUGUGAGGGUAUUUUUAAUAGAAAGAACAAUCAGCAAACAGAUACAAACAAUACAAAGCAAAAUUCGAUUACAAGAAAAAAAUCUGCCAAAGAUUUGUUUCUGACCAAACCUCAAGCCAAGCUUAUAAAUACAGAUUUAUUGUGUUAUGAAGAAUCAUCAGUUUCAGAUGGGGAUUCCACUCAUCUACCCAAGUCAUCUUCAAUGUCUCAAUGUAGGGUGAACAAACUGGAUGAUGAUUACAGUGACGACAGUUCAAGUAUUUCCUCAUCAGUCCUUGGGUCGGACUCAGCAGCUUCCCAAAAAUCUCACAAGAGAACAAAAAGAAGAUUGGAUUGUAGUGAGGUGAAAGUUUCAAGUAAAGUUCCUAAAACCACCAAAUCUAAGUCAUCACAAACAAUUUUUAUCAUGAGGGAACCAAAGUUAAACUUUACCUCACAUUUUGGAAACAAUGGAUCUCAAAUAAAUAAUCAGAUCUCAGUGACAAAAAGCACAAAUAAUGAGUCUUCUUUCAAGCAUAAGAAUCCUGAACAUCCAUCAAACGGGAUUACGAAGACUGAAUCUAGUCAAAGAAAAGCUUGGAAUGCAAGAAAUGAUGCAAACUUUUAUGUCUGCAAGGAUUUCUCAUUUUCAAAAAGCACUUCCCUGAUGGAAUGUAUAAGAGACAUGGAGGGGUUGGUCUCUAAAGGUACGUUUGUUUUAAGUUCAGCCAUAGAUCGUAACAAUGUCACUUGUUAGUAAUAUAUUUCUUAAGUUUUUGUAUAUUUCUUUCUUUUUUAUUGUAAUAAUGUGCCAUAUUUUUAAUGUUUCUCAUGUUUGUUUUACAAAUUUAGUGGUAGUUUGUUGUGUAACAAUAUUUUACCAUGCUCUCUUGUUAUAUUCUUUUUGUAUUUUAAGCUAUAUAUUGUGCUAUUUUUUAUAUUUAAGUACCAUACUUGUUAUGUGUUUUGUAAACUCAUGUUUUGUAUUUUACAUUUUAGUCUCUUGUAAUUUGCACACAUUUUAUCAUAAUUAGACGGAGGAUUAUGUUGAAUAUGUCUAACAGGUUAUUAGUGAUUAAGA